AUGUCGCUCAAGCGCACAUCUUCCAGCGCCGAGCUUACGGGCCUGUCUGACAGCGAGGACGGUAGUCCACGGGCGAAACAGGCGCGUACAAACGCAAACCCGGUAGCUGCAUCUCAGCAGCCGCGUGCACGCCAGUCGCUAACUCGUGACGCCUGGGGUGCUGUUGAUGAAGAGGAUGAGAUUAUCGACUUGAGUCAGGAUGUGGAUGAGGGAAACGGCUGGACGGUCGUGGGCGCUAUCAAUGGCAAGAUUGUGGGUGUGAGAUACUACAAUGGCUAUGCGACCGUUGGGGAACAGGUCAUGGUGAAGAGAGAGCCUGGAAACCCGUAUGAUUCGAACGCCAUCCGGAUCAACAAUGUCCAAGGAACUCAAAUUGGGCACCUUCCAAGGGAUCUCGCUUCCAAGCUGGCGCCCUUCAUGGAUGCAAGAUCUAUCGUCUUGGAAGGAAUCCUUACAGGUGAGAAGGGCCAGUGGGACUGUCCGAUUCGUCUCAGAGUCUUUGGGCCCGCUGAUCCAGCUGCCCGUAAGAUAUUGGAAGACAAUAUGAAGGCUCGGAGAGUUCCCAUCCAGAAGCAGGGCAUCGCGGCUCCCAAGAAGCCUAGUACGCCUGUGGCUCCUCCAAAGAGGCAGCAGAUGGGCUUCCAAAGCUCGCAAGGCAGCAGUCAGCCGGAGCCUGUGCCCGAAGUUAACAUCUCGCAUUUCAUCGAGAACAGUGAGCGCUUCAAGCCGAGAGACGUGGAGCAGCUUGUUGAGGCUUGGGGACAGGGUGAAGAUGCUCUAUCGAAGAUGCCGAUGGCUGAGCAGCCCGAGGACCUGGUGUCGACGCUCCUCCCGUACCAGCGUCAGGGUUUGGCGUGGAUGUUGGAGAAGGAGAACCCGGUGUUGCCGGCUCCUGGCUCGAAGGAUAUCGUGCAGUUAUGGAAGAGACACGAGACGAGGAAGAGUGCCUUUCAGAAUAUUGCAACAAGUUUCUCGACGCAAAAUGCGCCAGUCCUGGCCCGAGGAGGAAUUUUAGCAGACGACAUGGGCUUGGGCAAGACCCUUCAAAUCAUCAGUGUCAUCUGUGAAGGCGGCCCUGGUACAACAUUGAUCAUUGCCCCCGUUUCGGUUAUGUCAAACUGGGUGCAACAGAUUGAGAGACACGUCAAGAAAGAGCGGAACAUGAAGAUUAUGACUUAUCAUGGAAGUGGUCGUGGUCUAAUGACUUUCGGGGAGUUGGGCGAGUACGACGUUGUCGUCACAACAUAUGGUACACUCAGUGCCGAAUACUACAAGAAUGCCAAGGGCUCUGUCCCUGAGAAGCUCCCCCGAAAGCAUGGUAUCUUCUCUAUGAACUGGGCACGCAUCGUGCUGGACGAAGGUCACACUAUCCGCAAUCCAAAUACAAAGUCCGCCGUUGCAGCUACAGCCGUUGCAGCCAAGUGCCGGUGGGUGCUAACCGGGACGCCCAUCGUCAACACCAUAAAGGAUCUCUAUUCUAUGCUCAAAUUUAUCGGCAUCACUGGCGGUCUCGAGCGCCUAGAACUCUUCAACGCAAUCCUCACCCGCCCCCUGGCACUCGGCGACCGCAACGCGGACCUGAUUCUGCACUCCAUCAUGCGCACCCUCUGCCUCCGCCGGAAGAAAGACAUGAAGUUCGUUGAUCUCAGGCUCCCUGAGCUCUCUGAGUAUGUCCACCGGAUCGCGUUCCGCCCCGACGAACGCGAGAAAUACGACGCCCUGAGAGCCGAAGCCCAAGGCAUGGCGCAGAAACUGCAAUCUGCAAAGCCGGGACAGAACGCCUACCGUCACGUUCUUGAAAUUUUGCUCCGAAUGCGACAAGUUUGCUGUCAUUGGAAGCUCUGUGGUGAGCGCGUUAGCGACCUUCUCGCCCUCCUCGAGAAUGACGAGGUCGUGGCCCUCACCAAAAAAAAUGUUGCUGCUCUGCAGGCUCUCCUGCAACUUACUAUCGAGAGUAGCGAGGAAUGCCCCAUCUGCCUUGAGAACUUGCACGACCCCGUCAUCACAGCCUGCAAACACGUCUUCGGCCUCGACUGCAUCGCCCGCACCAUCCAGCUGCAGCAAAAAUGCCCCAUGUGCCGCGCAGAGCUCAAAGACGCCAGCGUGCUCGUGUAUCCCAAACCAGCUGAAGAGGCUAUCCCUGUAAAGGACAUCGACGUCAACACCAAGAGCAGCAAGACGGAAGCCCUGAUGAGCAUCCUCGCGGCCUCGCGCAAGGAUCCCCAGAGCAAAGUCGUCAUCUUUUCUCAGUGGACGAGCUUCCUGGACAUCAUCCGAGCGCAGCUGGUCGAGGCUGGCAUGAAGUUCGCCAGAAUCGACGGCUCGAUGUCGGCGACUGUGCGGGACAGGGGCAUGACUGCGCUGGAAUCCGAUCCGGAGUGUCGGAUCCUGCUGGCGAGUUUGGCCGUCUGCAGCGUAGGCUUGAAUCUGGUGGCGGCUGACACAGUCAUUCUUGCGGAUUCGUGGUGGGCGCCUGCCAUCGAGGACCAGGCUGUUGACCGUGUACAUAGACUUGGGCAGACGAGGCCAUGCACAGUGUGGAGGCUGGUGAUGGAGGAGAGUAUCGAGGAGCGCGUCUUGGAUAUCCAGGCCGAGAAGAGACUGCUUGUCGGCAAGGCGUUCCAGGAGAAGGCUAAGGGCGAUAAGCAGAAGACAACUAGGAUGGGAGAUAUCCUGAAGCUGCUGGGCUAG